GGGGGACACCUGAGUCCCUGAGGAAGGAGGAGGCAAGGCUGGGGGGGGACACCUGGUCCCUGAGGAAGGAGGAGGCAAGACUUGGUGGGGGGAUACCUGGGUCCCCAAGGAAGGAGGCAAGGCUGGGGUGGGGCAGACACCUGGGUCCCUGAGGAAGGAGGAGUCAGGGCCUGGGGGGCCUGUAGGAAGGAGGCAUCAAGAUGUCCAGGGGCCAGAGAGAAUUGGACUUUGGGACUGAAGGGGUUACAGCUGCCCAAGUGUCACCUGAGCUGGGAAUCAGGUUUCCUGGGUGCUGGCUCCACCCCACCUAGGGGGAGGGGAAGGGAAAGGGCUCAGGCCUCCCCGAGGAGACACCCCCAGUCCUGGGUGAGGCUCCAGAGGGCCCUCUAAAGGGCCAGACCCUUUCCUUGGAGGAUAGGAAGCUGGGAAGUAGGAUUCUUGGGUCCCAGGUGGUUGGGGGGGGAGCCUGGCCAGAGAUGCCCCAGCCCCUCCCAGCCCCUGCACCCUGGCUUCCCUUUUGUCACCGGCACCCCCAGCCUGUGCGCCCUGGAAUGCUGGCAUCCAGAAUCCUCCUCCUUUGCCCCUCAGAGGCUUGUGUCCAGACAGGCCUUCUCAUGCCCUGCUUCCUGCCAGGCCCUGGAGGUGCCUCCUAGACCUGGACGCCCUGAACUUUCCCAUUAGCAGUGGCAGAUGCGGGGCUGCCUGGGGACAGUGCCUGGACCUUGGCCCCUGCAGGGAGCGGCUGCUGGCCCAGCCCGAUUCAGCAGCCCCAGUGUCCUGGUUCCCCCUAGGCCUUCCUGGCCAAUGAUUAACAAGCCGAAGAGGGGCUGAUGCGGAGGAGGGAGCCCCGGAGCGCAGCCACCCUUGAAGAGGGUGGGGAGGCCUCACUUGCCCACUAUGAGGGUGUCUUCCAGUGUCGAGGGCGGCAUCGAGGCCGCUUGAUUGCCUACAGCCUGGUGUUUGAGGACGCUGUCUCGCUCCAGGAUCCAGAUUCGGACACUGACUCAGAGGGGCCUGGCACUGGCUCAGGGGGUCUGGGCCCAGCGGUUGGGAUUGGGGGUCCCCCGCCGGAGGGUUCCAUCGCUGAGCUGGAAUGGGACCCCACAGGGGAUGUGGGGUGGCUGGGUGCCCUCAGGAGCAGGACGGUGUGGACACCGGGGUCCCCCUGCGAAGUGUGUGGCCGUGCUGAGCCCCUGGGGGUCUGGUCCCUCCGUGGACCGCCGUGGGGUCCUCCCUUGUCUUCGUUCCGCACUCAGGACAGGAAGCAACCGAGCCCUGAAGAUGUGACUGUGCCGAUCCCUACGGGUUCCGGGGGUCCCAAGGAGGGGCGAGGGCCCCGCUGGCCCCGCCGGACCCUCUUCUUCUUGCUCCUCCUGCUCCUGCUUGGUGCCGCAUGUCUCCUGCCCCCCCCAGGGGGGCCUCGUUGCCCCCCUCCCCGGCUCCCUGGGCCCCUGCACCUCGUCCUCAGCUAUGUCAAUGGACCGCCUCCAACCUGAGUCCUGGAGGCCCGGGGGGGCUGUGGGGGGCUUCCAAGCAGAGACUCCAUUUUCUUCCUCUGGAUCCCUGGAAUAAAAUUUAAAACAGCUUCCUGCAGAGUUUUUGGUGGGUGGGGUGUCUACCUCCCCUCCUGGCUCUGGACACCCUCUAGGUAGACAGUUCAUGGGCAGAAGAGGGAGCAGGAGAGCCUUUCUCGUGGGGAAUCUUAAAUCAGGGUCUAUCCUGGCUCACCCACCCAUCUCCAGUGGGUGUGGGACUUCCCAGUGUCACACCAGGGUCCUCAGCCCCAUCCCUAGACAUCCAGCUUUAGGAGGGGUACUUACUCUAGUCAAUGGUGUGUUCACACUAAACAAUUCUUUUUGUUACCUUUACUUUCCAUCUUAGAAUCAGUCCUGUGUACUGGUUCCAAGGCAGAGGAGCAGUCAGGGCUAGGCCAUGGGGGUCAAGUGACUUGCCCAGGGUCACAGCUAGGAAGGAUCUGAGGCCAGAUUUGAACCCAGGACCUCCAGGCCUGGCUCUCUAUCCCCUGAGCCACCCACCCAGCUGCCCCUGAGGUUUCUAGAACGUAGGAUCCAUCUGUGUUUUAUUACUCCCAGCAGCCCAAGACAAUGAUGGGUCCCUCAGACGCAGGGCUAAUGAGUAACAGCCGCCGGUCUCAAGGACCCCAGACCCUUCUUCCUACUGAGCCCCCCUACUACGGCCAGCCAGAUCUCAGGGGGUAGCAUGGCCCUUGGGGUCCGUCCAGGGGGGUAGAUAAGAUUCCCUCAAGGAACACUGUUUGGCAUUUGAGUGGAUCAGGAACACCUGGCUUCAAACCCCAUCUGAGACACAUUUCUAUAAACUUGGGCAUUUCACUUGGACUCUGCCUCAGUUGCCUCCUCUGCAAAAUGGAGGGACUUGAUGCCAUCUAAGACACCCUUCAGUUCCACAUUUGAGAUCUUUUGUUUUUCAACAAUCUUAUUUUUUCCCCAAUUACACGCUGAAACAAUUUUUAACAUUUGUUUUCUCACAUCUUGAGUUCCAGAUUCUCUGAGAUCUUUUGUAGACAGAGAUGUCCAUGGUGGUAUCAGCUACUGAAGUUUAGGGGAAGAGGGGAGUGGCCCACUGCUCCAAGGAAGCUGAGGAACCCGGUGCUUCCAUCAGUAGUCCAGGACCAGAGGGCAUCCUUGCCCGUGUGAAUUUCAAAAGUCUCCAUCUUGGUCUAGCACCCAAAAAUUGUGCACACCCACACUACACGGGCAUGUGCUAGUCAAUGACAAAUCAGAAAUAACUAACUGCCCACCUGGGCUGUCCUAAGCCAAGCUAGAGCCAACCAUUGGAUUUUGUGAGACACAGGAAGUGAGGUAGGGAACAGCCUCUGGAAUUCGCUGACUUCCUGUGUAGAGAGCUAGACGAUAGUUGGUGUUAGGAGCUUGGACAGGGAGGACGCCUGCAGACAGCUUCCCUUCAGAUCGGUCACAUGAGUUAAGGACUGAUUCUCUCCACCUGGGCCCUUUGGGCCUAAAACUCUCUCUGCCUUGGUCAGAGGUUGAGUAGCCCCUUUCCCUUUUCUCUUCUCUCCUUCUCUCCCUCUCCUUUCCCUACUCCCAGUGUGAUUAAACCUCCAUAAACUUCA